GUUGGUGCGGCGCACGCGCAGUAUCCGUCCCGUGCGCCUCGCAGUGAGCGGAGUCAUGAUGGCGGCGGACAGGCCGUGCUAAUGAGACAGCGAAAUAACCGCCGCGGAAAUAGACACCAGAUCAGCGGACACACACAGACACUGAACACACGGUAGACGCAGCGGAGGCUCCCUCCUCCUCUCAGCGGGCAGAGCCAGCGGCCGGUGUGGAAGGACAGGACAAGGGGGAGAGAGAGAGAGCGGCGCCACCCCUACUACUGAACAGCUGCAGAGGAGUUUAUCCAGGCCCGAGCUCGGUGACACCGGAGAACACGGAGCAGUGACGGAGUGGGAAGGACGCAGCCAGCAGCCGCCAUGCAGAUCACCCUGAAAACCCUGCAGCAGCAGACUUUCAAGAUCGACAUUGACUGCGAGGAGACAGUCAAGGCAUUAAAAGAAAAGAUUGAACAGGAAAAAGGAAAGGAUGCAUUUCCAGUUGUAGGCCAAAAGUUAAUUUAUGCAGGUAAAAUUCUAAAUGAUGAAACAGCCCUCAAAGAAUACAAAAUCGAUGAGAAGAACUUUGUAGUGGUUAUGGUGACAAAACCAAAAGCAGCAGCUUGUCCUUCAGCACCAUCUCCGGCACCAUCUCAGCCGGCCAGCACUGUAACUGCACCUCCUGCAUCACCUCCUCGUACAUACACACCUAUUGCUCGAACCAAUGCCCCUGUACCUCUACCCCUCCCUUUUCCUCUACCAAGUAUUCCGCCACCACCUGAACUUGCCUCUGAGCCGAUGACAACUACGGUUUCUCAGGAAGAGAAGCCCGAAGAAAAGACUGUAACUCCCCCAGAGACAGUGAGCCCUUCGUCAACUGAAUGCAGUUUAUCAACUGAUUCUUCUCGGCCAUCUCUCUUUGAGGAUGCCACAAGCGCACUUGUGACAGGCCAGUCCUAUGAAAAUAUGGUCACUGAGAUAAUGUCAAUGGGAUAUGAGCGAGAGCAAGUGAUUGCAGCACUGAGAGCUAGUUUCAAUAACCCAGACAGAGCUGUUGAAUACCUUCUGAUGGGUAUACCUAGUGAUCGAGAAGGCCAGGCAGUUGAACCUCCUCAAACUCUUAGCACUGCUCCUACUCAGCCUCUUCCUGUAGCUGCAGGGGCAGCAGCAACUACUACUACACCUACGACACCUUCAACCGGAGGAAAUCCCCUUGAUUUCUUGCAGAAUCAGCCUCAAUUUCAGCAGAUGAGGCAAAUAAUUCAACAAAAUCCUUCUUUGUUGCCGGCACUUCUACAACAGAUUGGACGUGAGAAUCCGUCACUAUUGCAGCAAAUUAGUCAACACCAGGAACAGUUCAUUCAGAUGUUAAAUGAUCCAGUCCCUGAAUCAGGUGGGCAGAGUGGAGGAGGAGGAGGUGGCGGCAGUGGUGGAAGAGGCGUAGCUGCUGAGGCUGGAAGUGGUCACAUGAACUACAUUCAAGUUACACCUCAGGAAAAAGAAGCUAUAGAGAGGCUAAAAGCACUAGGAUUUCCAGAAGGACUCGUGAUACAAGCUUAUUUUGCCUGUGAGAAGAAUGAAAAUCUGGCUGCCAACUUUCUCCUACAGCAAAACUUUGAUGAUGAUUGAAAAGAAAAGACUAUUUUUUUUAUCUCACUUCACACCAGUGCAUUACACUAACUUUGCUCACUGGAUUUAAUGGGAUGAUUUGGGCUCAUAUCCACAAUAUUUGGUGUAUGGUAGAAAACAAAUGGGAGGGUGGGAGGGCUGGGGAAAUAAUGGAAAACUAGGACUUGAAUAAAUACUUAAAUCUGCUUUAAUUAAGCAGGUCAGAGUGUAUUAUGAAAGAAAAGAUAAAUAAAAAAAACUACAACCAAAAUUCAGCUUUCAGUAGGCAGUUUUUCUCAUCUAAACACCACUUGUUAUCUUCUCUAGACCGGAUAUGUUUUUUUUUUGUUUGUUUUUUUUAGUUUUCUUAGAUCCAGAAAUUUAGUGUAAUGCCCUGCUUCCUACUUUAUUUUAACAUUAACAUUUGAUUUGAACAUAGUCAGUGCUACCAGAGAGACAAUCUGUUUCUUGGUAACACUGAAUAACAACCUUAUUAAGUCUAGGGCUCCAUGGAAGCUUGUAAGACGUAAAUGCCAAAAUAAAAAUAGGUGAUUUAUUUGCUGCUUCAACAAGAAAUGGACACAAAAAUUUAUGAAAUUAGUGCACAGAAACAUUUUUUUACAAAAGAAAUGCUGUGAAAGUAAAUUCAGAAUCUUUCCUUCCAAUAAAUAAUAGUUACUGAUAUUUAAAAUAACCCUGAUCAUUGAGUGUGAAGUGCCCACUUUUUUCUGACCUCAAAGCUUUUUGCACAUAGGAUGCAUUUUCUUUUUCUCACCCCCCCCCCCCUUUUUUUUUUUGCAGUUUAGAAGAUUGGGGAUGAUUAGCCUCUCGCUGAUUACACCAAUGUUACAUUGCAGUAUAAGUUUUAAAUGAAUUGUUGCAUGUUUUUGGUUUUGAUGAUCCCCACUUGGUGUGUUAAGUAACAUUUAUUCUGUGAUUACUUUACCAUGUCAGCCACCAAUAUGUAACCUCCUUUUCCAGUCAAACAUAUUCCGUAUCAUUCAUGGACACUUUGCAUAUUCCACCAUUUUUACAUGCUACACAUUGAAAGAGAUACAUACACCUUUAUGUAAGCAGGGCUUUUGAUCUCCUAAAAUAAUUCCAUCCCUAUAACAAAAUAGUCAAUAAAUGAGUGACCGUCCUUCUGCUUGAUGAAGCUGGCAUGGCAGAUCUUGAGAGAACACCUCCUCCGUUAAUUUUUAAAGAGGGCAUGUUUGAAAUAUAAUUAACAUUGUAAGAAUUAUAUGUGUAUGUAUUGCUUAUACAUUGGAAAUGGACAGAUAAAACAAUCAGCAAAAAAAAAUAAUAAUCCCAAAAGUUAUGCACAACAUUAAACGUUCUCCUUGUCUA